CGAGGAGGAACUACGAUAUCAGUGUGGCUAAGUUGCUGGAAGCAGACCUGAAGACAUGUGUGGAAUCUUUGCCUACCUGAACUACCAUGUUCCCCGCACGCGGCGCGAGAUCCUGGAGAUCCUCCUCAAGGGGCUGCAGCGACUGGAGUACCGCGGCUACGACUCCGCAGGUGUGGGCAUCGAUGGAGGGAACAGUAAGGACUGGGAAACAAAUGCCAGGUCUAUCCAGCUGAUCAAACAAAGGGGCAAAGUCAAGGCGCUGGAUGAAGAGAUUCACAAACAGCAGGACAUUGACCUGGACGUGGAGUUUGACGUUCACCUUGGCAUUGCCCACACCCGCUGGGCCACCCACGGAGAACCCAGCCAACUCAACAGCCACCCACACAGAUCAGACAAGAAGAACGAAUUCAUUGUCAUUCACAAUGGAAUCAUCACCAACUACAAGGACCUGAGAAAGUUUUUGGACAGCAAAGGGUAUGAAUUUGAGUCGGAAACUGACACCGAGACCAUCGCCAAGCUGGUGAAGUACAUGUACGACAACCGCGAGAGCGAUGACAUCAGCUUCACCACACUGGUGGAGCAGGUCACUCAGCAGCUGGAAGGAGCUUUCGCCCUGGUCUUCAAAAGUGUGCACUACCCCGGACAGGCAGUAGGCACCAGGAGGGGAGGGCCCUUGCUGAUUGGAGUACGAAGUGACCACAAGCUCUCCACUGACCACAUUCCCAUCCUGUAUCGCUCAACUGGCAAGGACAAGAAGGGCUGCACCAGCCUGCCCCGGCUGGACCAAGACACCUGCCUGUUCCCCGUGGAGGAGAAGGCCGUGGAGUACUACUUCGCCUCUGAUGCCAGUGCGGUGAUCGAGCACACUAACCGCGUGAUCUUCCUGGAGGACGAUGACGUGGCGGCGGUGUCGGACGGACGCCUGUCCAUCCACAGGAUCAAGCGCACGGCUGGAGACCACCCAGCACGCGCCAUCCAGACCCUGCAGAUGGAGCUGCAGCAGAUCAUGAAGGGUAACUACAGCUCCUUCAUGCAGAAGGAGAUCUUUGAGCAGCCCGAGUCCGUCGUCAACACCAUGAGAGGGAGAGUGAACUUCGACGACAACACGGUAACACUGGGUGGACUGAAGGACCACAUCAAAGAGGUCCAGAGAUGCAGACGCCUCAUCCUCAUUGCCUGCGGGACGAGCUACCAUGCUGGGGUGGCUACUCGGCAGGUGCUGGAGGAGCUGACUGAGCUUCCUGUCAUGGUCGAGCUGGCUAGUGACUUCCUGGACAGGAACACGCCUGUUUUCAGAGACGAUGUGUGCUUCUUCAUCAGCCAAUCAGGUGAGACCGCAGACAGCCUGAUGGCCCUCAGGUACUGUAAGGAGCGCGGCGCCUUGACCGUAGGCAUCACCAACACAGUGGGCAGUUCCAUCUCCAGGGAGACGGACUGCGGCGUCCAUAUCAACGCUGGACCGGAGAUCGGAGUGGCCAGCACCAAGGCGUACACCAGUCAGUUUGUGGCCCUCAUCAUGUUUGCUCUGAUGAUGUGUGCUGACAGGAUCUCCAUGCAGCCACGCAGGAGGGAGAUCAUCCAGGGCCUGAGAGUCCUGCCAGACCUGAUUAAGGAGGUGCUGAGUCUGGACGAUGAGAUCCAGCGGCUGGCCACGGAGCUCUACCAGCAGAAGAGCGUGCUCAUCAUGGGCCGCGGAUACCACUACGCCACAUGCCUGGAGGGAGCUCUGAAAAUCAAGGAGAUCACGUACAUGCACUCUGAGGGCAUCCUGGCUGGCGAGCUGAAGCACGGCCCGCUGGCGCUGGUGGACAAGCUGAUGCCCGUCAUCAUGAUCAUCAUGAGGGACCACACGUACAACAAGUGCCAGAACGCCCUGCAGCAGGUGGUGGCGCGACAGGGCCGGCCUAUCGUCAUCUGUGACAAGGACGACUACGAGACCAUCAAGAACUCGAGCCGCACCAUCAAGGUGCCGCACUGCGUGGACUGCCUGCAGGGCAUCCUCAGCGUCAUCCCCCUGCAGCUGCUGUCCUUCCACCUGGCCGUGCUCAGAGGAUACGACGUGGACUGCCCAAGGAACCUGGCCAAAUCUGUAACCGUAGAGUGAAGAAGCCCCCUCCUUCUCCACAGUGCCCCAGAGUGUGACCGUUCACCUCAAGGACACACACACAUACACACAUACAAAAACACACACACACACACACACACACCAGUGCAGGAACAGAUCUCACACUCAGCUGACAUUAAGAGUGAUGGGGAAAUCAAGUCAACACAUAUAAGCAUUUUCUAUGUGUUGUUUAGUCCGACAGGUCUUUUUAAAUGAAAUUAUUACUUUCAUAUUCAAGGACCUAUACAAAGCUGUUUUUUCCUCCCUUAGAUUGUUGUACAUGACUGUUUUUGUCAAUUAUGUUUUAUUUUUUUUGUAAGUCAUUUUUUUUUUUUUUUUUGAAAUGUCAGUGGUGGCAGGGUAUGGGUACGCACUUGGUUGGCAUGCCGCCGCUCUCGUCCUGGGCUAACUGGACUUGUGACUUUUUAAACUCUGCCCCCGGGGUCCGCUUUAUCCAGAUGUCAUUUCCUGCGGAACGCUCUGUGGUUACAGACUGAGUCCACAUUAGAUACAGUCACUAAUGUCGCAGGCAGAGUUCAGCCAGAACUCUUGGCGUUUCUCUCUUGAGCAGAGGGGGUUGGGUGUUUAGAUGUUACUAGGGGGAUAUUUUCACAAAUGAAUAGAUGUAAUUGUUGCAGGACAGUAAGGGGGGGGGGGGGGGUGUAUUAUUCUCUGUUGCUAAGUGGCAAUAACGUAAAAGGUAUGCGUACUCUGAUGGUUGCUGUUACUAAUCUAAUUCUAGAAUGUAAACAUGAGGUGGUGAAGAUGCACUCGCCAUCUUUUAUGGUGAUUUUAAGUGUAGCAGUUCUGUAAACAAGACCAGAUCAGGCAGCUCGACGCUCAGUUAUUAUCCAAAAAUGGAUAUUACCCACAAUCCUAACGUGUCUAUUUGUAUGUGUGUCGUCUGAAUGCAUUCCAGAGAGUGAUGGGGAAUUUUUCCCACAUAAGAAGGACAUUUUUUUGCAACUCUAAAUGUGUGUUAAUUUCUUUGGAGUGUGAGGCGAUAGAUCCGCCAGUGACCUUGUAUAAAACAAUCCUGCCUUCAGAGUACAUGCUGUCAUUUUUAUUUUAUUACUUUCAAGUAGUACAGAAGAGGCUAAUGCAGGCUUGUGACUAUUGAAGGGUGUUGAUGGGGGGAUUAUAUGUUAAAAUAGAAUCUGUGCAGUCUAUAGAUCUAUACAUGAAGUGCAAACACUUGAGACUCCACUACAGUGAUGAGGGCCGUGGUCUGCGGAGAAAAUUUGUGAGAGCGACUCUCGCCAACAUGAAACUGGGUCACCGAUCGAGAGAGAAAGAGAGAGAGGUUUUUGGCUUGGUGACGGAGGCUAGGAAUCUGAGAGACAAGUCAGACAUUUCUGAUUAGCGGAUAGACAACCUUGUUGGUUCAGAGGAGUAUGGUCUUUAUUUGCUGCUUUUCGUAUCUCUGGUGCCUGAUCCUUUUUUCUGUUACAGUAUCAGAAGAACCUAGUACCCAUUUGCGUGCAUCAUGUGCUUGGCUGUGAAAAUCAGGGGGGGGGGGGGGGUUCUUUCAUGAUUAGGGCCUGAAGAAGUUAGUUUGAAAAAUCGGGGUUGAUUGUUAUUGCUUGGUUUGCAUAGUUGGAUAGCUCUUUCGUUACAAUUUUCUUUCGUUAAAUCAUUAUUUAUUGAUUUUUGUGUUUAUUUCUACAGUAGUUUGUGGUGUUGCGUGCUUUGUCUUGUGUAUGCCUUGUUACUGGAGCAACCCUGGUCAUCGUGGGCGGGGUCUCAUGUUUACAGUAGAACCGCCAACAGCAAGUGAAGAACCACAUCUAAUGAAGUUUGUUACAGACAUAGUUUGGCCCACACACAAGUUUACCCAUACCGUGCCACUCAUUUACAUCGUCUUACCAUGGGACCAUUGCUUUGUAUUCCUUUGUUUCUUUGGAGUCUUGUUUCUUCAUUUUACUACAAAAAUAUUUUGAUUUUCUUUAUUUUUAAUUUUGAAACAUGUUUAUAAUUAAUUGCUUGUGUGCUCUGAAAUGAUCUUGGGAUGCCAAUGUGAAUGGUGCGUACUUAUCCCCCCUCAAAACCAAUGCGUUAAGAAACAGGUCAGUAAGAGACAAACCAAAAAAAAAGGAGCAAUGUACAUCCCAGUAUGUUACUUAACCAAAGGUAUUGUAUUAUAGGCAGGGUUGAUCUUGAAGGGGCUCAAACUUGGGAAUAGUCAGGUCUACAUUAGGUUGCAAAGUAUACAGUGUAGUGUGUAAAACGGAUUAUUUUACAACAGGCAGCAAUCUGACACAUGCAUGAUCCCUGAUUUCCAUAACAACUCAUUCCUCCUUUUUUCAUUUUUAACUCAACUUGUAAGCAGUUUUUCUUGGACAAGUCACUUGAAAAUGCUUUUUAUUAUGUAGUCUUCUCUCAAAUGUAGCUGCACUGAUUGCGUUAGUCUAAAUGUUGCUCUUCACUUUACUGGUCAAGAGUGAGGAAUGGCAAUGAAAGGGACGCUUCAUCGAUUGGCAUUAGGCUUUGUAUCUUUAGAAAACCAGUCAUGUUUUUGAAUGGUCAUGCAUCAUUCCCUCAGUCUGCCUUGAGAUUGAAUACGGAUUUCAAUGUUGGACUUCCUGCUUUCAAUGAUGUAAAAAUCAUCAUUUUACAUCAUUGAAAGCAGGAAGUCCUAUUCAUGGGUUUCAUCUCAAGGCAAACUGAGGGAUUGAUGCACAACCAUUCAAAAACAUGACUGGUUUUCUAAAGAUACAAAGCUUAAUGCUAAUCGGUGAAGUGUCCCUUUAAGAUGGAAGUAGAGAUUAAUUACUGGCUAUGAGUGUCUUUCAGAUGUGAUAGAUUUUUAGUGGAUAUGUCUGUAAUUAUGUGAGCCCUUUACAGCAACAGCCACCAUGUCAUGGUUGGGGAUGAGGACCUAUUUAUGAUCACAAAUGAUGCAAUAAAAAAGUUAUACUCGA